UCUCACUAGUAUUAGAGUUCAGAUUGUAGUUUCACUUUCACGCAAAAGCAUGCUACUCGCUUCUAGCCGAUGUGAAAAUUGUAGCCCACACCCAGCCUCUAGGGCAUCUACUAGCAAAGACAUUGUUUAAUUUUUUUGAUGUAUGUAUACGUUUUAAAUAUAAAAUAAGUAUUUUGACAAAAAAAAAAGUACAAAGAGUAACAAUACUAAAUAUAUCAAUUAAACUAAUUUAGGGAAAUAUAAAAAUGGUAAAAUACAAUUGGACACAUAAUUUCCUUAAGUUAAAAUUUAUUUAAAUGUAUAAAAUAUAUGAUACUUUGAAAAUAAGCAUUUUAAAACCAAGGAAAGAGAUUAUUAGAUUUUCACUUUUACAAGAAUAAUAUAGUUAAAUCAUUUAUUGUUUCGUUGGAAAGAGAAGUUUAUUUGAGUCCACACUAGUUCAAAUUAAGUAAUACUAUAAUAUAUGAAUGACAAUAGUUAGAAUAAUGAAAUCCUGUUAGUUUUUCUGUUAUAUAAUCAACAAAAGGUUCUUUUUGUAAACAAUGAUAUAUCAAUAAAACAUAUCUUCAAUAUAUAGACGACUACAAUAAAUGAUUCUAUGAUAAAUUAAUUUUUGCAUUACAAACAUUCACAAGAGAUGGUUUAUUUACAUAUAUAUAUAUAUAUAUAUAUAUCAUUGGUUAUUAAACUAAAAUGUAUAGAAAAACAUAUUUAAAAUACCGUUUUGAUGUUUGUAUAUUGUAGUCUAAACAAAGAUGAAAAUCAAAUUUGUACCCUAAAGAAAUAGAUCAAAAUUUAAAUCAAAAGGAGAUUGAAAAGAAGACGUUUCUCAAACAAAAAGAAGUUAAUAAGGGGUCAACUAAUUUGGCGGUGAUUAAACAAUAAAUAGGUAGGUGACAAAUGCACACUGUAGCUACACUUGUCUAUUUUCCCCCAAGCCAUGGAAGAAAUGUAUUUAUUUCCUGUUUUAAAACAUUAAUUAAAACUGAGAAGAGGAAAUAAACAAAAGAAAGCUAUAGAGAAAUAAACGGCGUCGUUUUGAACGUGCCUUCUGAGGAAUUGUUGAAGUCUCCCAUCUCUAGUCAAUAAAAGGUAAACUUUUUAGGGGUCCUAAAAUAAAGGGCUACAAAUGUGACACGCCUAUCCAGCUCAUCAGUAAAAAUAUACUCCUAUUUUAAAAUUCUUGUUUUUUUUUCUAUCUUUCAUUAGUCCAGUAAUUUUUACAAUAAAUUAUAUGAUUCGUUGGUUAAUUGACAUGUAAAGAAACUACUGUGGAGUUUAGAAAAUUAAGAAUUCCAAUACCUGAAUCUAACAAAACAUAAAUAAUCAUUUUAUUAAAAAAUAAAUUAAUAAUUUAAUGAAAUAUCUGAAUAAAACUUACAUGAUGAGGAAGUAGGUACGAGAUGAUGUUACUUCGAUUGCAUAUUUUUUUUUUUGUAACUGAAAAAAAUAAAAUAAAAAAUAUUUUUAACCGUAGCAUAACUGUCCACAUAUUAUAUGAAGCAAAUACGAGUAUAAAAAUUAAUCAGAUAGAUAGUUUAGUGUUGAUAUUUUUUUGUAUGAUAUAAAUAUUGUAUCAUCAAAUAAAAUAUAAAAGAAGUAUAAUAUAAAUGAUAUCUAGUCAGACAGUCUAAAUUAGAUAGUAAAUUAAAGUAACUGGACCAAUGUGACCAAAGCUUUGCGGUAAGAACGCUUAAAGUUCAAAACCUCAAGGCCUUGGUUCGAGUAUUGGUCACCACCACCAGGCACCCAACCUUCUUCUUUUUUCAAAAAGAAAAAAAUUAAAGUAACUGUUUUAUGCAUAUUUACAUUUUAAUCUCGUAGCUAAGCGAAUUUAUCAUGCAUAAUGUUUAUGGAUGCAUCUUUUUUACUCUUUAUCUUUGAAGCAAGCUAGGAUCCAAUUUGGUGUUUUCCAGCUAUGAAAUGAUUUUUGAAAACAGAAUUAUUGAUAAGGGAUUAAAAAACUCGGUGAACAUUAGGAUUGAAGCAAUAAAAGUGCCAAAAGGAACAAUAAAGCCAAAUGGUUAGGGAUAAGACAGGUUGAAAUGUAGGUGAGCAAUGAGCAUAAAAGCCAUAAUUUGGUUAUUAUAGAGGACCCCCUCUUAUUGCGGCUAGAUAAUUUAAUUUUCUUGUAAACUAUUUUUUUGAGAAAAAAUAAUUUCAAAUUCACACACAUGCAUCCCGAAAAUUUCUUUCUUAGUUUUUAAUGCAGACUAAACAUUUUUAUGAAAUACGAAGCUUUCAAACUUGAAUAACGGAGUUUAAAGAAAAACAAAAGGUAAGUGAAUCUACUAAAACAUGCCAAAGAAAUCGAGUCUGCUGUUUAAAAAAACUAUUUGAUUUUUACGAUAUAACUUCUAGAUUUACGCAUUUACAUAUUUUUUUGUUAUGUACUGUAUAUACUACACAUGUAAAUACCCAGUUGUAUAAUCAUAAUAGUUAAAGAGUCAUCCUUUUGCUCGUAGAAGUAGGAAUGUAGAAAUGUAUAUACGUAAUACUUAUUAAGGGUCUCACAAAGUAAAUCAUACUUUAAAUGUAUAUACGUAAUACUUAUUCAGGGUCUCACAAAGUAAAUCAUACUUUAAUAAAUGAAAAAAUCCUAGUCUGAAGCCAAAUAAUGAUGUUACAUAAAUAUCAAAGGGAAUAAUUUUAUAGACAACCCUUGUUUUCCAAAAAGAUUGUGUCAAUUAUGGAGUCACAUGCACGAAUUAGCGAACAAUUAUCCAAGAUUAAUCCGAAAUGUCCUUGUUGCUAAGGAUUCCAAUGAGUCUCACCCUUGCGCAUGGUCUAAGUGAGACAAGAAACCUUACAUUGAUAUGAAUAUAUACACAUCAAUGCACGCAUGUAUUAAAUUAUUUGAUAGAGAAAAUGAAAACUGAGACAUCCAUACAAUACAUCGCUCUGUCCCUCUCUCUCUAAAAAACUUCAAUAUUUUAUCUCUUUUUGGAAUUAAAAGGUUAACCUUUACUUUUUCUUCUCCCCUCACUGUCGAUCGAUCUUGUCUUUCAGCUGAAUAUAAAUCUAAAAAUGGAAGACCACCAUACUCAGUACGGUAUACCGGAACUCCGGCAGCUCAUGAAAGGCGAAGGGAGGACGACUACGACGGCAUCACCGUCCACUUCUCAUUUUCCUUCUGAUUUUUUCGGCUUCAACCUGGCCCCGGCCGCGCCGCCGCCACCGCCUCAACACCACCGUCUACAUCAGUUCACUAUUAACCAGGAGAUGGGUUUCUUGCCACAUGGCAUACACGGGUUGGGUGGGGGUUCUUCGACGGCUGGAAAUAACAGUAACUUAAACAUGAGCACCAGUGGUGGAGGAGUUGGGUUUAGUGGGUUUCUCGACGGAGGAGGUCUCGGCGGAAGCGGAGGAACGGGACGGUGGCCGAGACAAGAAACCCUAACUCUGCUGGAGAUUAGAUCUCGUCUUGAUCAUAAGUUCAAAGAAGCUAAUCAAAAGGGACCUUUCUGGGAUGAAGUUUCUAGGAUUAUGUCUGAGGAAUAUGGAUACCAAAGGAGUGGGAAGAAAUGCAGAGAGAAGUUUGAGAAUCUUUACAAAUACUAUAAGAAGACUAAAGAAGGCAAAGCCGGAAGACAAGACGGUAAACACUAUAGAUUUUUCCGGCAGCUUGAGGCGCUCUACGGUGAUUCCAACAACUUGGUUUCUUUUCCCAAUCAUAACACACAGUUCAUGAGCCAUGCUCUUGGUUUCCACACUCAAAACGCUAUGAACAUUACUGCAACAACGUCUAACAUUCAUGACGUUGAUAGUGCUCAUGGUCUUUUACAUCAUCAAAGCCUAAGUAUUUCUAACAACUACAACUCCUCCGAGCUGGAACUGAUGACUUCGUCUUCUGAAGGGAAUGAUUCUGAUAGUAGAAGGAAAAAGAGGAGUUGGAAAGCUAAGAUCAAGGAGUUCAUUGAUGUGAACAUGAAGAGGUUGAUAGAGAGACAAGAUAUUUGGCUCGAGAAGCUGACAAAGGUUAUCGAAGACAAAGAGGAACAAAGGAUGAUGAAAGAAGAGGAAUGGAGAAAGAGUGAAGCUGCGAGGGUUGAGCAAGUGCAUUUGUUUUGGGCUAAAGAGAGGGAGAGGAUGGAAGCUAGGGAUGUGGCGGUUCUUGAGGCAUUGCAGUACUUGGCCGGAAAGACGUUGAUAAAACCGUCAUGUUCGUCCCCGGAAGAGAGGAUUAAUGGUAAUAAUGAGAUCCAAAACAAUAGUGAGAAUGUUUCUCUUGAAGGAAGUGGUAGCUGCUGGAAUGAGCAAGAGAUCAUAAAGCUUAUGGAGAUAAGAACUAGCAUGGACACGGCGUUUCAAGAGAUAUUGGGAGAAUGCUCCGAUGAAUUUCUAUGGGAGGAAGUCUCAGCGAAAUUGAUUCAGUUAGGGUUUGAUCACAAAAGUGCCUUAUCGUGCAAGGAAAAGUGGGAAUGUAUAAGCAAUGGAAUGAGGAAAGAAAAGAAGCAAAUCAGCAAGAAAAGGAAGGACAAUUCGUCGAGCUGCGGCGUGUACUAUCCAAGAACCGAGGAAAAUGCGAUCUACAACAAUCAAGAAAGUGGAUAUGAUGAUAAUGAUCAGCAUCAUCAUCAGAUGAAUGAACAAGACAAUGUAGUUUCUUCAACAUCAAACGCAGCUGCUGGAGAUUUGAGAGGCGCAAUGGCUGCUAGUACAAACUGCUUCCCGUUCGUCAUGGGGGAUGGAGAUCAGAAUUUAUGGGAGAGUUAUAGUUUGAGGCUAAGUAAAGGAGAGAAUCAGUGAGUGUAUUUUCGAUGGAAUUAUGUUUAAAAAUCUUAAUAUUAGGGCAGAAGGAUUUAUGAUGCCUUUUCUUUUUAGUUUAGUUUGGUUACGGCCGGUAUCUAGCAAGGAUAUUUAGAAAAAAAAUUUAAAUCAAACUUGUUUAUCCCUUUUCUAUUGGGGUUGGACCAACUUUGCUGCCAUGGUCUGGUUCAUAUCAUUUAACUGAUCGUUGUAACUUGGUUGAACUUUGGUCUAGCGUACUUAAUCUAAUUAAUGUAUGUACAUAAAUUGAGAAAAGAAAACAUACUUUGAAGGUAGAGAUGUACGUUUGGGGUAACCCUAGAGAGAAAGAGAUAGAUCAGUUAUGAAGAUGGAGACAGCAGGGAGGAAUAGUGGUGAAGUAAGCUCUGGCCGAUUCAGUGUGUUGAUGGUCAGAGAGAAAGUAACCAUUUGCCUUUAUCUCUCUCCAUGAUCUCACUCUUAUCCUUUUGGCCCUAUUCCCUAUAGAGGACAGUGAGACACGAGCACGAGUCAAUACAACCCUUGGUACGUACACAUUAUUGACAAUGUUGAUUAAUUCUGAAUUGUCUCUAUUCUCAUUUAAAUGCUUGUUCAGUUUAUGGGUUCCACACAAGACCAUUCCUACUACUAGAUUUGAUAAUUCUUCUUGUCAAAUUUUAUUAAAUGUUUAAUUUGGAUAUAGAUGUUGACACUUGAAUAGGGAAAACAUCGUAGUUAUUUUGUGUCAUUAAUGCUGCAUGUGUCAUAUAUCUUGUGGCAAUGUAGAGAAUACGUCACGCAAUCGUGUUCAGAAGUUCAAUGUGUACUAAUUCUUCAAAACAACCCAUAGAUUACAACCACUUAAAAAUUAUGCUUUAUGGCUGAGACUUAACCACCUUGAAUGAAUGAAUGUUUGUUGUGUUAAAAAAAAAAAAA